UAAGGCAGCCCAAUUAAAAAAAUAAAGCAGCUAACUAAAAUUGUUGGCUGUUUAUAAUUCCAAUAUCAAAAUCCAUCCAUCCUCCUGAUAAAAUGUCUCCUUCUGAUUCCAAUUCUAAUUCCUACCGACGUCACUCUAGAUUCGAUCCAGAACCCAGCCCCAAAAGAUACAGAAAACAUGUAAAACAAGAAAGAGACAGAACAAAAUCCACUUCUAAUGUUGAAAAUCCAGGCCACAGACGUCACCAACCAGCUGAUCCUACUCAAGCUCGUCCAAGUUCUGGCCAAAUUAAAACUCCUGAGCGUGGAUGGUGGAAAGAUAUAAAGAAUCAACAUGAUGAAAAGGAAGAGAUAAGUCAAGGAAGAAAGCAAACAGAGAAGAAAUCACAAGCUAAACCUGAUGAUAAUACAUCACAGAAAAGAGUCGGGUUUUGUGAAAGAAAAGAGUGUCAAUCUCCUACAUCAAGGAAAAGACAUGCAUUCCGGGAUAAGAAGAUUCUAGUGGACUCAGGAGAUGGUAAUCCAGCUGCCACUGUGGUUAAGUCAAGCCAGAUUGACCAUCCUCCAAAAAGAGAGGAAAAGAGAAGCAAUCCAUACAACAUGGACAGAGCACACUACAAGGAUAAGGGUUCUGUCAAGAGAAAGACAAAGGGGCAAUGAUGGCUAUGGCAAUUCCAGCGGAAGUGAAAUAUUUAAUGGAAGACAAGGUUAUCUUCCUAGUAAGACUCAAACUAAGAACUGGAAACAUGAUUCAUAAGAUAUUUCUAAGCUCUUAAAGGUUCUGUAAAUCAUCCCCAUUAACUCGGUUACAGGACAGUGUUCAGAGAUGAGUGUCCCGGUGAUUUCUGAUCAAGGUUCCCAACCUUUUCAUCAUACUAGAGAUCCUGUUGAAUGAAACAACUGUCAGAUUCAGCAAGGUUAUCUGAAUUCAGUCCGCACUGACUGAGUUGAGCAGGAUUUGAAAUAAGAAUUGCCCUUUCGCUUCAUUGGAGCGCAGAGCAUUAUGCAGCGGAUUUUAUAAACAAUCAAAUAUUUUUUCUUAACUGUGACCAUAUCUAAAAUCAGAUAUUAUUUCCCUGAACUCAGUACAUGAUGUACAUUCCUGUCUAAAAUUUGUAUUUCGGAAAUAGUGUACUCCAAUGAUGUUGAACUAAUUUGAGUAGAGAUGAGUAGUUUCUCUCUUUCUUUGAAUGCUAUCCGGGUUAACACCUUCGGUAGAAAUUCAGAAUUUUAGUAACAUUUUUGGAACUGUUA